AUGGAGAAGAGAGGAAUCAAUGGAGCCCCUAUAGACACCAGCCCAAUGUCCUCUCCCACAUCCAAGACCCCUCCCUCCCCCAGACCUGCAGAAGAAAGAGCACCAUCUCCAGGAUACCUUAUCAGAGGGGUUUUCACCAAGACAGACACCAAGCCUGCUGCCACCUCAUCUACAUCCAAUAGCUUCAGAGUUCCUCACACAGUGCGUCCCACCACAAACCUCUCAGUUCAAACUGAGGACCAGCUUUCCCCAGAGGAGAAGGAGAAACGAGAGGAAGCAGCCAUGGACGUGCUCAGGAGCUCCUCAGUCCAACAACGCUCCUACGUCCUCUCAGCUGCCAAGAAAUACGAUUCUGCAGAUAAACCACCAGAAACCUCCCCGACCCCAGAUGUUCCAUCUUUUGUGGCUAAAAGGGUGGUGAUCACAGACAAUGAUGACUCUGUCUUCACUGAGACUCCCUCUGUCCCCAAAGAAACAGCUGCACCAUCUGUGAAAGGCGUCUCCCCUGUAUCUGGGAAAGACGUCCCUCCUGUAUGUGUGAAAGACAUCUCUCCUGUAUCUGUGAAAGCUGUCUCUCCUGUAUGUGUGAAAGACGUCCCUCCUGUAUCUGGGAAAGCUGUCUCUCCUGUAUGUGUGAAAGACACCCCUCCUGUAUGCGUGAAAGAUGUCUCUCCUGUAUCUGUGAAAGCUGUCUCUCCUGUAUCUGUGAAAGAGGUCUCUCCUGUAUGUGUGAAAGACGUCUCUCCUGUAUCUGUGAAAGCUGUCUCUCCUGUAUCUGUGAAAGACGUCUCUCCUGUAUCUGUGAAAGCUGUCUCUCCUGUAUCUGUGAAAGACGUCUCUCCUGUAUCUGUGAAAGACGUCCCUCCUGUAUCUGUGAAAGCCGUCUCUCCUGUAUGUGUGAAAGACGUCUCUCCUGUAUGUGUGAAAGCUGUCUCUCCUACGUCCCUCCUGUAUCUGUGA